AUGGCUGCGAGAGUGUUGGUCUAUACCAUGGGAUUUGGAAAACUCCUGUAUUCACACAUCUAUGAGAUGCACAAGGCCUCUGUGCGAAAGGAGUGGAAGCAGAUGUUGGGGAUUCGGGUGCCAAAGUACCUGCUGAAGACCACGGAGAUGUUGAGCUUCUUCUUGAUGGUGGAUAUGGCCUUCAUGCUGACGGCUGAACCCUUGCUCCACUGCUUUGGAUAUGAGGCAGAUGUCCUGAUCGCUUUCACGUGCGGUGCCUGGACGGAUGAGCUGAGCUUCGUGUACCAGUUCUUCAGCAUUAUGGGGAUCUUCCUGUAUGUGGCGCUCAUUUUCGGCAUUGGCAGCAGCAUCUCCAUCCAAAUUUCGGAGUACCGGGUCUUGUGCCUCCGCGCGGUGAAGCAGGUGAUGCUUUGCUUCGGGGUCGUGGCCUUGGCGAUCUUGACCUUCGCACUCUCGAUCAAUGCCAUGACCCGCGAGGUCCGGAACAUCUCCAUGAGCCAUGAGUGGAAGGACCUUGGCUCGAUCGUGACCAACUUGUUUCAACUGGCCGUUGGCAUGCUUGACCUGGAAGUCCUUGGUCACAUGGCCGACGAGAGCCCCUUUAUGCUGAUGGUCCUGGCUGCGUUCAUGCUGUUGGUCUACACCUUCUUCUUCAACUUGUUGAUCUCGCAGUUCUGUGGGGUCCAUUCGGCCCUGGCCAAGGACAGCGAGGGCCAUGCCCGGCUGUCGCGAGGAGAGGUGAUCUUGGACACAUUGAAGGCAGUGCAAAUGAAACGUUGGAAGCAGUUCGUGACCUCGUUGGCCUUGGAGAAGCGCGUGGACUUCGCCGAGGGCGACAUCGGUCUGCCGGGAGGUCUCAAAGUCUUUGAGCCCGCAGGAGCCAAUCCCAAGACACAGGACCAGAUCAUCCGUUUUGGAGGACAUACGGAUCCCUCCUUGCCGUGGCCCGAGAAGCAUCAUGAUGAGGGCAACAGUACGGAGAAGAUGAUCCAGAAGACGAUCCAGAAGUCGCUCCAGCACUAUUUGGGCAAGAAAGGUGGCACUGACAGUGACUUUACGCUGAGUAGCAGCCAUAACAGCAGCAGCCGCAAUGGAGGAGAUUAAGCCUAGCAGUUGCGCCAGACUUUCUGCAGAUUUUGAGCUCUGCUGUACCCCUUCACCAACUCAAUCUCAAAACGAGGACUCCCCUUCAAGAUGGUG